AUAGUAGUUUUUAGGUAUCAGCAGAAUCAACUAUUCAGUUUCAACGUUAAAGUCAGCAUGAAAUUAAAAUUCCCCUAUAUAGUUUCUGUAAAUUCAUGUUAUUGAUCAAUUUAUCUAUGCAUUUUUUUUUUACCUCGUAAUUUGAAGUAAUAGCUUGAUCUUCCAGUGAAGUGACAGUCUUCUCUCUGAUAACACAUGCCGGACUUCUCCAAUCAUUUAGUUGACUUAAACUCUGCCCCUUUCUUACAAUCGACUGCAAGCUCUCGUUCACAUCUGCCUCCAUCCAGUUAACAACCUAAGCACAGAACCAUGCAAGUCCCCACCCUACAUUGUUUGUUUUUUUUCCGAUGGUCCAUUUCACUCAGAUGCACUUCACAAUAUGGAAGAAAAAAUUGCUAGUAUCCAUGUCAGUAAUUAAAUGGCCUGACGGCACCUACUUGGACGUGUUACAGAGUAAUAACAGCUGUCCAAAACCCAGUAUGAGACUUGCAGACUAUGUAAAUGAUUCAGACCGCAUCGGAGGAUAAUUAAGAGAAUCUACGGGCAAUUACUUAAGCAAACAUGAACCAUUUGAAUAAUGCUGUUUUGGGGGGCAGAGAGGAUAUGUGCUGGUAGUUAAGUAUAAUUGAGAUGAUAGUGAUGAUUACAGUGAUGGAUCUGAUGCAGAUGGCAUAGAUGCAAAUUAAAGAGCUAAUGACUGUGAUUUGCUUCCUUCACAGAGAGCCCAGCGAGGAGUGCAAUGGAAUUAGCGGUGCUCUCCCUGUGGAGCCCGCGCCUGGCUCGAGACUGAACGAGUGGUGUCCUGCCCCACCCCCUCUCGCCCCUCUGCCCGCGAUCCACCCCACCAGUAUGGGGGACGGCCUGGACGCAUUGCAGAUGUCAGGGAGCAGCAGCAGUCAGGGGCAGCCCUUGUCCCAGGCCCCUGGCAUCUUCAACCCCUGCACCCCAGAAAUCAUUAACCCUUCCCGGCCAAAGCGCCAGACCAACCAGCUGCAGUACCUGCUGAAGGGGGUGCUGAAGACUCUUUGGAAGCACCAGUUCGCUUGGCCUUUCCAUUCUCCUGUUGAUGCCAUUAAGCUGAAUCUGCCUGACUAUUACAAGAUAAUCAAAAAUCCUAUGGACAUGGGAACAAUCAAGAAACGCCUAGAGAACAGUUACUAUAUCAAUGCCCAAGAAUGUAUUCAAGACUUCAACACCAUGUUUACUAACUGCUACAUUUACAAUAAGCCUGGGGAUGACAUAGUCUUAAUGGCAGAAGCACUGGAGAAGGCGUUCCUCCACAAGAUUUCAGAGAUGCCCCAGCAGGAGAUUGAGUUGACGACCACAUCCGGCAAGGGUCGUGGCCGGGGCAGGAAGGAUCCAGACAUGAACCUGAAGAUUGCACCUGGCCUGGAGUCUACGCAUGCAAACCCUCAAACACGUGGCCUUUCCAGUCUUGCCCCUGGGCCACAAACGAGAGGACCACCGCAAGGUCCGCCUACUUUACCUCCCCAGUCCACCAUGCAAGCCUUGCCCCUUCGAGUGCCCCCCUCGCUCCCUUCACAUCCUCCCCUUGCGCCUCAAUUAGGGCCACCUUUUUCUAUGGGCCCCACAGACUGCAACCCACAGGUCCCCUUGAUGACAGCUGUGCCUCCUCCGACCCAAACUGCCCUGCCGCCCGUGCACAUGCAGCAGAGCGCUCCUCCUAUUCUACAAAGCCCCAUCCCAAUGCUUCCCAAACAGCAGAGAAAAAGUCAGAAAAGGAAAGCAGACACCACGACACCUACGGCAAACGAUCCGCUGAACGAGUCCUCGCCUGCUGAGUCAAAGUCAGGAAAGACUCUGCCACGCCGGGAUAGUACACGACCAAGCAAACUACCCAAAAAAGAGGCACCAGACUCCCAGCAUCAUUGGACACCCGCCACUGGGACCCACAGCCCCAAGCAACAAGAGCAGCUACGCUACUGCUCCGGCAUUGUAAAAGACAUGUUUGCUAAGAAGCAUGCAGCAUACGCUUGGCCCUUCUACAAGCCAGUGGAUGUGGAUGCUUUAGGGCUACACGAUUACCAUGACAUCAUCAAGCAUCCCAUGGACCUCAGCGCUAUUAAGGAAAUGUUGGAAAACAGACAGUACAGAGAUGCUCAGGAGUUUGCAGCAGAUGUACGGUUAAUGUUCUCCAACUGCUACAAGUACAACCCUCCAGACCAUGAAGUGGUGGCUAUGGCACGCAAACUGCAGGAUGUGUUUGAGAUGCGUUUUGCUAAAAUGCCCGAUGAGCCAGAGGAAAUGCUGGGACCCGCUCCUGCGCCAGUGCUCCACCAGGCUCCUGUCAAGACACAGCCACCCAUGGGCACGGCCUCGUCCUCUGACAGCUCCAGUGAUUCCUCAUCUGAAUCUGACUCCUCCACGGAUGACUCUGAAGAGGAGAGAGCCCAGAGGCUAGCAGAGCUUCAGGAGCAGCUGAAAGCGGUUCAUGAGCAGCUGGCUGCCUUGUCCCAGCCUCAGGUCAGCAAACCAAAGAAAAAAGAGAAGGAAAAGAAGGAGAAGAAGAAAGACAAGCACAAAAAGAAAGCGGGAGUUAUGCCUGCACUGGAAGAGAUCCUGGAGCCGCCUCCUACCCUCAAGGCUCAAGGAAAGCCUAAGAACAAGGAUCCUCUGCCUAAGAAGCCCAAGAAGCUGAGCAAGAAGGAGGGAGGUAAGGGCAGUCGCUCCAUGGCUCCCCCAGGUGCUGCUCCACCAACCCUGCUACCUGUGGUGAGCCUGGAUCCUGAGGAGGAUCUGGGUCUGAGUGGAGGAGCCGCAAUGGCAGGCAUGCCUGUUGGAGAGAAGUGUAAGCCUAUGUCCUAUGAAGAAAAGAGACAGCUGAGUCUGGACAUUAACAAGCUGCCUGGAGACAAGCUGGGCCGUGUGGUCCACAUUAUCCAGUCCCGCGAACCCUCGCUAAAGAACUCCAACCCGGACGAGAUUGAGAUAGACUUUGAGACGUUGAAGCCUUCUACACUGCGGGAACUGGAGAGAUAUGUGUCGUCCUGCCUUCGCAAGAAUAAGAAACCCGCCGUUCCAGAGAAGACCAUGGAGGCAAUGAGUGCUGCAAAGACAAAAGGCUCAUCCUCCGAGAUGGGCAGCAGCAGUGAGUCCAGCUCCUCAGAAAGUGAAGACUCAGAGACAGGGAUGGCUUCUAAGCUGAAGAAGAGAGGGAGAGGUGAAGGAAAGAAGGCUCAUCACCAGGUGUUGGCUUCAGGCGUGCCUCAGCCGCAAGUUCCCCAUCAACCCCAGACCCCUGCACUGCAGCCCAGUGUUCAGCUGAAGCCGCAUCAGCAGCAUCCUUCUCCCGCCGCUUACAUGCCUCCUCCCGUCACAGCUCUGGAGCCCUCGCAGCUCCUGGAAAACUCCUUUGACCCUCUGGCCCACUUCGUCCAGCCCCUCAUGCACCUUCCCCACCAUGCCAAUGACUCGCCCUCCCCUGCGCCUCCUCACCUCAACGCUCACCCUCCAGGAGGCCCAGUGUCUCCUGAGACCCACCCAUUCCUGAACCAGCACCCCAUCCUCCCAUCCCCAGCCCUGCACAACGCAAUGCCCCAGCAGCCUUCAAGGCCCAGUAAUAGGGCAGCCCCGCUACCUCUUAAACCUCCGCAGCAAAGCACGCCCCAGCAGCAGCAGCAACCCCAGCAGACCCUGCCGCAGCAGCUCCAGUCCCAGCAACCCCCUCAGCCCCAGCACCCCCUCCCUCCUCACCUCCUGCAUCCUCCCCAGCAAAUCCGCCAGCGGCCCCUCUCCCCACCCACGCUCACUCCCCAGGGCCUGCUGUCCUCCCAGCCCCCACAGAUGCUGCUAGAGGAUGACGAGGAGCCCGUUCCCUCUAUGACCCUGCCCAUGUACCUGCAGCACGUGCAGCCAAACCGCCUGCAGCAGCAGCCGCCGACAUCACUAAUGCAGUCUCUGCAGAGCAGGUUGCAGCAGCCGGGCCAGCAGUCUUUGCUGCAGUCAGUGCAGGUUCAGUCUCAGAUGAGCCAGCAGAGCUCCCUGCCCCCACCGCAGAUUCCCGUUCAGACUCAAGCCCAGCCGGCAGCGGCACACCAGCCCUCCCCGCAGCUCUCGCAGCAUCAGGCCAGACACAUGCAGCACUCGCAGCAGCUGAGCUUCUCUCAAGGCCAUGUCCAGACCACGCAAACGCAGCCUAGUCAACACAAAGUCUCCAUGCCCUCCACAAAAGCACAGCAGAUUAUCCAGCAACAGCAGCAGUAUCACUCUCCACGUCAACACAAGUCUGACUCCUAUAACUCAGCACACAUGCGAGAUAACCCCUCCCCGCUCAUGAUGCAUUCCCCUCAAAUCUCUCAGUAUGCUUUAGUCCACCAGUCCCCUCCUCAGGCCAAAAAGGAACCACAGCAAGGUCCUUCAGCUUUGGGUGGCAUUAAAGAAGAGAAGCUGCUCCAUUCACCUGUGAUGCGUGGUGAGCCCUUCAGUCCAGCCAUGAGACAAGACCCUCACAAACACCCCGAGAGUAAACCCACAAUGCCAGGCCACAGCCAACCGAAAGCAGAUAUGAAACCACUUGAAAGUUCCCGUCCUGUCAUCCGCUCCUCUGAGCAGCGCGGUCCACCACCUUCCAUGCAGGACAAAGAGAAAUUCAAACAGGAGCACAAGACUCCUGUGGCGCCUAAAAAGGUACAGGAUGUGAAACUGAAGAACAUGGGUUCCUGGGCAAGCCUGGCGCAGAAAUCCACCUCUACUCCCUUGUCUGGUCUGAAGUCCUCCAGCGACAGCUUCGAACAGUUUCGACGUGCGGCCAGAGAGAAGGAAGAGCGAGAGAAAGCCCUGAAGGCCCAGGCCGAGCAAGCUGAGAAAGACCGUCUGCGCAGAGAACAAGAGAAACUUCGGGGACGAGAUGAGGAGGACUCCAUUGAGACGCCUCGAAGGCCUCAGGAGGAGCCCCGCAGGCGGCCAGAGCAACAGCAGGUCCAGCCGCCACAGCAGCAGCACCAAAAUCAGCCGCAAGCCCAGAACCCGGCCCAACCGCCCUCGGCCCCACAGCCUUCCCAAGGCCCACCCCAGUCCCCCGCCGCUUCCCAGAGUGCACUUGAUCAGCAGAGGGAGCUUGCACGUCGCCGGGAACAGGAGAGGAGGAGGAGAGAGGCGAUGGCAGCUACAAUUGACAUGAAUUUCCAAAGCGAUUUGAUGGCUAUCUUUGAGGAGAACUUGUUCUGAAGCGCGAGAGAAAGUGAGAAACUGCGAAACUGCUCAUGGAUUCCUCUACACGGACAGAAUGAACUCAAAGCAGUAAGGGGAAAAAGAGCCCAUCUGACCACAGGAAACACUGAAGAGGCUGAACUAGCGAUGCAUAAGCUGAGGCCCUGAGAGGGAGGCUGUAGCUCUCCUUUAGCCUUGGCAGAAAGAGGGACCCUUACACUGGGACGGCACUGCCUCUCCGGCAUUCCUCCUGGAUUUGCCAUUGUGACCAUGGCGGGAAAGAAAGGACUUGUGUGACUCUUAAUUCAGAAUAUGGGAGCAAUGGACAAUGUGAUCGCCGGAGGAAUAUCUGAACGACAACAAUGAAAUGUACUGAUUCUCUGUACUACGGCAUCCAUCGACUGCCAGAUGUCUGUGGGGGAUUAGAAAACGUCUUUGUUUCCUGUUUGAUUUGGUUUCCCUCCCAUCGUUUCGUUUUCGCUAUAUCCUUUCCACCCCUUUUUCGUGAGGCAAAUGGCAGGAUGGGAUCGGGGGCACUUAUGAUCUUCCUCGGGAGAGGAAGUACAGCUCGCCUUACACCUCGUAACCACGACAACUCAAACAAUAUUCACCAGGGGCUGUGACAAAUGACUAAACAUGGUGUGGUUCACACUGUUAUCAUGUGCAGAUUUUUCAUUAUGUAGGAUCUACUGUAAAAAAGUAUUUUCUUAAUUACUGUUUUGGUUGAUUGGUUGGUUGUAUUUUUGUUUCUUUUUUUCGUUGUUGUUUUUCUUUCCUUUUUUUUUUUUUUUUUUUUUUUAGAUAUUUUUAACUCUCUUACCAACACCUUACCCUCUGAUGUCUAUGCCAAACACCCAUAUCCUUUUAUGCUGAUAGCUGAGACCCGAAACGCUUCACUCUUAACAUGUCUUUCUAAAUAUAUAAAUAUAUUUUCUUGUUCUCCCCACUCGUCAUUAAAAAUUUAGGUAGCCUUGUAGAAAAUAAACCCUAAUAUAUGCAUUAUUCUGACAAGUGUUAAUUGAGGACAGAAUCAUGGAGAUAUACUUUCAUUGCUCAUCGUUUUCAUGUAAACCCGGUGAGGAAUCUCACCACGGGCCGGAGCGUUGACCUGUAAGGGCGGUUUCUGAGUAUCCUUUAGUUUGAAUAUAAUUUAAAGAAUAUGAUAACUAUUUUAAGUGUAUUAUACAUAUAGAAGAAGAACACGCAACUGGUACACGCGUUUGAGAGCGUCAUGCGAACACCAGGCCAACGCGACGGAGCUCUCAGCUGGUUUCUGCAUGACUCCUCUUUUCUUUUCACAGAUCAUUUUAUUACACCUGCACAGAGAGAACUCCGUAUGCUGUGCUAGAUAUAAUUACAAAAAAUUCGAAAGGAAAAAAAGCUACAAAAAAAAUCAAACCGUUCUGAUUUAUCAUUGUUCUUGUUCGAUUAUAGUGGAUGUGUUCUAAUUCUGUUAUUUGACUCGGCAAAGGGGGCGGGGGGCACAGUUCAAGACCUUGGCAGGUCCUCUGAGUUUUCUCUUAUAGUGUUUUCUCCAGUGCCUGUAUUGUAUUGCGAUUCUAGUUGGCAUAUAUUAUGUUCUGGGAGGGCGAGGGAGGGGAAAAUUGGGGGUUUAGGGGCGAGAGCUUGUGUUUAAGAGACAAAAAAAGGAAAGUAAACAUUUUAUAUUUUACCCAUUUACAAUAUUCAGGUUUAAAUCUAGUUUUAGCUUGACCUCUUAAUUAUACACCGAACAACUUAGUUUUUCGUUUUCUUGAAACUGCUAAGAGGACAUGUCCGAUCAUCAUCUUCAUCAACGUACAUGUGUGUGUGUCAGGAUGUUUGGAUGUGUACGUCAUGUCAGUACGGUUGUCGGUAUGUGGCUGGGGAGGGUGUUCUUACCCGGAGGUUUCAAUCGCAACAACACUUCAUGCUUUGUGAACUUUUUUUGGUUCUUGUUCUUCCUCAUGAAGUUCAUUUAUAUAAAUAUCUAUUUUUUUCUUUUGAUAAUUUGGUCUGUAAAAGUUCAAAAAAGAGAAACACUUCAUUCCUUCAAGCCUUUACAUGUAUUUUCUUUUCCAUGGUAACAGUUGGACAUUAUGUGCCAUAGAUUCGGAUUCUCCAGAGAAUGUGCUGACCAGCUCAGCAGAGAGUUUGCUUUAUUCAGGUAUUUUGUUAUUUUCUUUUGGGGGGGGUUGUUUAACAUUUUCCUCGAUUACUGUUUGGUAUGUGUGUUGGCUAUCGAGGUCAAUGGUUCAAUCUGUUAUGAUCAUGAAAUAAACUCAUCUCUUUUAUAGAAAAUUAAAAUUAAACAAAAA